AUGCAAAAGAAUAUCGACCCAAUCGUCUUCCCUGGCCAAUACGACAAGUCACACAUGCACUCGUUCUUUGGCUCUGACGCCGUAACGAUCAAUACUUCGACUAGCGCAGCCCUUCAAGAGGGCUGUACCAACGCGGAGAAUCCAAAUGACCUCUCAGUCUACUGGGUGCCUACCCUUCUGUAUACCAAGGAUGACGGUUCAACCUGGGAGCCGGUUCCACUCAGCCGAUUUAGCGCGUACUACAACCUAGGAGAAACCCCUGCGGAAGUCCCAAUCCCUCAAGACCUCAAAAUGCUUGCAGGCUCAGCCAGCGCGACAACACAAGACGCCUCACCGACUGACGCUAAAGUCGAGUGGUUCUGUGAAGGAGAUAGCGGCAUCUCAGCUGAUGCGAAUGGCUUCCCAAGUUCAACAUGCAGCACGCAUCUCCAAACUCUGCUCUACUUCCCGCAAUGCGUUAACGUGGACACUCUCGAGACAGCCUACAAAAGCAGCUCCUAUGGCACCGAUAAUUACUGUCCAGAGGGAUCGAGUUCCAUGCCACAACUUCGCUUCAGCAUUCGCUAUGACUUGCGUGAUGCCCUGGGCAGCGGAUGGAGUGGGACGGCGCCGUUGCAGUUGGCUUGUGGCAAUGCGUGGUGCAGUCACGGUGACUUCAUCAUGGGCUGGACGGAGGAGGCAGCACAAAACAUGGUUGCAGCUACCAGUGACAAGCAAAAGUAUGCGUCAGUCAACGGUGCUUUGGGAAACGAUGGCGAGCAGCCCAAUUGCAAGGCCACAGACGCAGACCCGGACCAUGGCACGAGCGAUUAUGCUGAAAGCGUGGCAGCUAUGGGCAAGCGCUCCGUGGACGCAGCGGGAUGGCAUUCCAGGUCUAGAUUCCGGUCUGCGAAGAGGGCCUGA